CAUAGAUUUUGUGCUUUGAUAAAAAACUGCAAAACACUGCAAUGUUUGUUAUAAAUGUUCAGGAAGAAGAGACAAAAUGCACAGAAUCCCAAUUGGAUAUAUUACUUAAGAUCCACCAAGGACAGUAUAGACUAGUGAAGAAGUACAAACGCAGUUCCGUAUGGAACGUAUACCGGGAAAUUGCUCGACCCGAUGGCAGCAAACUCAAGUGGCGUUACUAUUGCACGGGCUGCAAGCGGGUAAUGCAAUCUACGGGAGGCACAACCUCCAACCUGCGCAUACAUAAAUGUCAUGUGCGCUACCUUAAACAGCACGGCCGUGAAAAUGGAGAACCGCAGCAACAGCAACAAAAGCGUGAACAGCAGCCACAGCGCAGUCACAUUAACAUCCAAAGAUUGCCGGUGGUGAAGAAGAUGACAGAGAGCAAAAAUCAAAGGUCUUCAUUCGACGACUUAUAUCAUGUGAAAACGGAUACAUUCAGCGAUGUGGAGCAAGAGGAGGACGAGGAGGAAGAUAACUAUGUGGACAUGCACAGCUUGACACAUCCCAUCGAGGAGAGCAUUGAACAACUUGAUUCGCCGGAGGUGUCGUUGGCAACCAGUGAGCGACCGCUAUUAAAACUCUUCUCCGAAGAGGACUCCUGGUCACCGGAAAUAACCGAGGUGCAGCCCAUUGAACUUGACCAGCUGACGGAGGAGCAUUCUCAGCACUUCAGUAAGGAGACAAUUAAGCCAAACUCUGCCCACUCAAUGCACAUUGAUGCCUCGGCGAUAUCUGAAGCGGAAAGCUAUGGCAGGGCUUGGGCGCAUGCAUUUCUCAAGCUGAGCGAGGAGCAAAAGGUUUACGCGAAGCGCUCUAUCGAUGAGCUAUUGGUCCUGGGGAGAUUGGAACGCUUGAAUAUCUCGACGGUGACAUCGCUCACAACCAAUUUGUAAUUGUAGCGCAUAAUUAACAUUAAGUUUAAAGUUUUAAGCUAAAAUACAUUAAAAUGAACUAGAAUCAUUUUUCAAUUUCAGUUAUUAUUUGACUAAUAUUGACAACUUCCCAUAAUUGUAUUCUCUGCAAUCUAAGAAUAAGCAUUUUAAUUCUAAAUAUUACUUUAACUAGACUUUAUUUCCUCCAUACUUAAUAAAAAGCGCUUAUUUCAAUUACCGUGAAAAAUAAAAUUACUUUUCAGCUUCAUUCACCACUUAACACGGACUCAAAAUAUGAAAUAAUUGUUAAAUGCGUUUUAAUGUUUUUCAAUUUUUUUAUUUUUUCCAAUAUAUUUUUUUUAGUUUUUCUCUUUUUAAACGUUUUUCUUUGUUGCAUUUUUUUUUGCAUUUUGUAUAUACUUUUCUUUGCAUUUUGCUGUGAAUUACAAGUUGUUUCUCUCAUUUGCUUUUUUUUUUUUUUUUUGUUUUUGCUUGAUGUUCGCUUACAUUUGUGGGGCUUUCUUGCGUUAUUUUCGCCUCUUAUUUCUUUUGCUCUGGAGCUUCCGAAUUGUAGAUGUAGCUUCCGAUAGUGUGUAUACAUGUGUAUGUGUGAGUGUGUAUAUGUCUGAAUGUGUGAAUGCAUGUGUGUAUCGUAAUUGAAAUCAUAUUUUAUGUGAGGUUAUGUGAACAUCUUAAGUUUUAAUUGAAAA